CUGAACUCCAUGGAUUCAACCGCAUCUAAAUUCGAAGAUCCAGCUGAAACAAAAGACAAACCCUACCCUAACAUACCUACUUAGCUUCAGCUUCAGUGUUCUUCGAUCUUCUUCCCUCUUUGUGCAGUGCAUGCUUCCCAUCAUUUUCUCCUUUCAUUCAAGGAGAGGACUUGUGGAAGCUUUUCUCAUAACAAUGCCACUACAACACUUGUUAGAAUCAGAGUCUAGAACUGUUGCAAUUCGUGGAGAAUACUUCAAGAGUCUCUACUUAUUUUCCAAACCCAAGUUUUUGAACAAGUGUGAAGUUUUCUUUCUGUUGUAGUUACUCUGAUACUGAACUGGGAUAAUUUGUGUUGCCGAAACCCUAGUACAUACGAGCUGUGCCAUUUCUCAAAUGUCUGAAGCUGCUAUGGCAGUCAUGAAACCUGAGAUGAAAUCUUAUAUAUGGCUUAAAACUGUGGAUGGUUCUAUUCAACAAGUAGAGCAAGAUGUAGCCAUGUUUUGCCCCAUGAUUUUCCAGGAAAUACUUAAGACAGGCAUGGGAUCUUCCAAAACUUAUGCCAUAUCUCUUCCACAACGUGUCAAUCCUUCAAUCUUGGGUUUAAUACUUGACUACUGUCGUUUCCACCAAGUGCCAGGCCACUCUAAUAAGGAGCGGAAAACCUUUGAUGAAAAGUUUAUUAGGAUGGACACAAAGAAGUUAUGUGAAUUGACAUCUGCUGCUGAUAGCCUCCAAUUGAAGCCUUUGGUUGACCUGACCAGCCGAGCACUUGCUCGGAUUAUAGAAGGAAAAACACCAGAGGAGAUUCGUGAAACAUUUCAUUUGCCUGAUGACCUCACUGAGGAGGAGAAACUCGAGCCUCUUAGAAAUGUAACUGAUGAUCCACGUAUUCGACUUCUAAACAGAUUAUAUGCUAGAAAAAGGAAAGAGUUGAAAGAAAAGAAGAAACUAAAGAAUGUUGACAUUGAAGAGGAGCCUAAAGAUGAGCGCUCAGUUGAUGACCUUCUUUCAUUUAUUAAUGGUGCAGAUGGGGAUAUAAAGGAAAUGAGUGCAAAUAAGAAUAAAAAGAAGAAUAGGAGAAGGAAAGGCCAUGCAAAAGAUCUUUCUUUGGAAAAUGUCAAUGAAAACAAAAGGGAGUUGGAUUCUGUUCCCUUUGCAUGUCACAAUCGCAAUGUUGACAAUGCCUUAAAGGCCUCUCCAAGCAAACACUCACAGACGCAAGAUUUACCUCCCAUGAGUUUUUCUCCAAAGCUCGAGUUUAUUAAUGGUGAUCUUGAUGAUGAAUUAGAUCCUGCAAUGAAGGAGGAACUUGACAGGGAAGUGGAAGAUUUUGCUCGAAGAUUAAAUUCAGAUUGGCCCGAAAGGAUGCAAAUUUUAUCUUUGGGCCAAGACAGAAGACUAGUUCCAAUUUCUAUGAAUAGCAAUGUUUCCACACGCAUCUUCACAGGUAUGGGUUAAAGUUGAAGAGAUCUGGAAAGCUAGCAGCUUAGGUUUUGCUGUUCUCUGCAUCUUGGAUGGCAAGUACCAUGAGUGACUUAUGGCCAAAAUGUAGUUUCUUGUUUCACCUGGAUCACUUUGAAGAUGGGAUCUGUGCCGACCCUGUUUUCUUGUACUUAUUCUGGGUCUUAAUAAUAUUGGUCAGCUAAAAGUGAUUUCAUUGUCAUUUUUUGUUUUCUUUUCCUUUAUUUUAUUUGACUUAUAGAAAUGCUGUAUUAUACCUUUAGACACCAUUUGCCAGUUGUUCACUUAAACACUUUGGUCAUUGUGAUUAUGGUUGAGUUGUAAUUUACAUUUUUUGGUGUUGUGUCUGGAUAUCAAAGUUAAGUUUUGUUUAGAUAAAAUCAGUUUUUAGGCAAUUGGCCAUUUGAUUUGUACUCUGCAA